CAUAAUGGACAAAAUAAAGAAGAUUGGCGUACAGAUGCCUAAAAGCAGGCAAAAACCAGUAAAGACUGAGUGGAAUGCCCGGUGUGUCGUUUUCAGCUAUUUCCAAGGGGACAUCAGCAGUGUUGUGGAUGAGCACUUCUCCAGGGCUCUGAGCAACCUCAAGAAGUCACAGAGAUGGAGCUCCUUGACCCAUGGAGAAAAUGUGAUCCUCAGGAAUGAUAGCAACAUGCCCCCGAAUCAGUGGCGUCUCACUCCUUCUUGGACAAAACCCCGGCCAGAAGCAUCUCUUGUAAAUGGUGCCAGCAGCAGCCGCUUGGAUGAAUGUGUUCCUAAGGCUACAGAUCAGUGCCCACUGUCUAGGCCCAAGACCCCUUCUGCACAUCCUCAAGAGAUGUGGCAAUUUUCAUCCCUAGAGAGGCGAGACUUAGAGUCGACCUACUCUCGUGCCCUUCCUGACAGGCAUCCAGCUCCAGAAGUCUACCCUGAUGAGAGAUGUGAGUCCCUCCUGCAUUUACUUCAGCAGGAUAGAUACCUAAACCGUCCUCUGGAACCUGCCACCAGGGAGAACUGCAACCAUGCCAAGACAGCCGGAAACACAGAACUGCACAUGAACUUGCCACCCAACUCAGACCACUAUAAGAAAAUCUAUGGUCAUGGAUCUGCCCAAUCUUGGCAAUGAAAGAAGUCAAUCUCCAGAGAGAAGAAGAGAUCUCUACUAUUAUUAGAAUCGGUUGGAAGAACAGAAUUUCUUUUGGGGCAGCCUGAUCAUGCUUUUCUACUGUGGAUCCUGAAGUCAUUACUGUCGCUUUCUGUCCCUGCUGCUAAGAAAUCAAGCACAAGUCACCGCUCUCUUUUAAAUUUUGCUCUGCUUUUCCUUAGCAACUGUGCCUUAUGGCAGGGGUUUUCAAACAUAAGCAAAUUCUCAGCUUAUAAAAUGAAGGAAAGAGUUGUUGUGGGGUGAGAUGCACAGACGUCCACCUGUUGUUCAUUGUUCUGCCUCACUGCAUCUACUGACCUUUACCUUAGAAGCCAUGGGUUCUCAGGUUCCCAAGCAGUAUCCUUUAAACCAAACCUGAGCCCAUGGGAUUUUAUGAGGUUGUUUGGCUUUUCUGACGAUGUUAAGGGGCCAAAUCAGUCCAAGAAUGUUCCAGCUUAAACCAGACUGCAGUCAACCCCACUCCAGACUCAGAGAAAAGUCAAAAAAAUAUGGCA